CACGCGCAGGUUCCGACAUCAAGUUCAUAUUGCGCACAAUUCCUGAUUUGUUACCGUGUUUGAUCAUCGCUGUCAAAAUGUCAUCUGUGACGACCAAGCUACAAGAUGACAUGAGCAGCAUACCUUUGGCGGACGACGAUCCUCAGGUGAUAAUACCUGAAGAGGAAAUUUUGGACAAUAUCUCGCAUAUAUCUGAUGCAUUAGGCAGAGGACGUAGCAUGGAUUCUAUUCCAUCAACAUUUACUAAUGGGAGUUGUAGCCCCAACAGCUUAGAUCCGGAUAUUAGUCCAGAUGAGCAGGAAGAGAAAGCUAGACUGAUUGCGCAAGUUCUCGAAUUGCAAAAUACUUUAGAUGAUCUGUCACAGAGAGUGGACAGUGUGAAGGAAGAGAAUCUCAAACUGAGAAGCGAAAAUCAAGUUUUGAGUCAGUAUAUUGAGAAUUUAAUGUCAGCCUCAAGUGUGUUUCAGUCAACGAGUCCCAACACUAAGAAAAAAGAUUUGACAAACUCGAUCAGCUUUGUCGUGGAAAAUGUGGCAGCGCAGUAGAGGGGGUAAUUUACGAAUGGUGGUGAAAGUGCCUUAGCCCAUGGAGAUAAAGGAGGGAGCAUUAAGGGAUAUUAUAGGCGCGGGGAGUGAAGCCAUGGUGCGGGGGGGAUUUGACCUCUAAACAACCUUCAGCCAUAUUUAUAUGAGCCACUAGUGCUGCUAUCUAUUUGAUGAGAGUGGUAUUAUUUCAACACAGUGAGAGUAGUAUUAUUUGACGUUGAUGCGUAUUAAUCUGUUAGUGACAGGAAGAAAGUGUGAAAAAUCUUAAUAAAGAAAAAAAUUUCAGUUGAACACGAUCAUCCUUAUAUUGCAGCAUUAAUUUAUAAUAUUAUUAAUUUAGAUCAAUAUUCCAUAGAAGUCAUAAGUUACAUAGCUGGAUUUAUUGUAAGACAUUUAAUUAAAUACAUCAUGUGUGAUAUUUGUGUUAAUGCCUUAAUUGAUAAUAGUAAAUCAAAGAAAAUUAUACAAAUAAAAGAUCGUGGAAGUAUAACAUAUUCUUCAGAAAGCGUGAUAAAAAUAUACCUUGAA